GUUCACAUUUUGUCCUUUAGACAAUGGAAAUGAUAUAAAUAGACUCUGCUAUUCUUCAUCUUGAAGCUCAAUAAACAAGAAAUCUCUAAAAUCUUCUGAUUUUUCUGAGUCUUUUUCUUAUCUUCUGUUUGGCUCCUGAGAAAGUGUUUUAAGAAGAACAAUGAAUGCAUUAGUGGCAACCAACAGAAACUUCAAGCUAGCAGCCAGGCUUCUUGGUUUGGAUUCUAAGCUUGAAAAGAGUCUCCUCAUUCCCUUCAGGGAAAUCAAGGUUGAAUGCACCAUACCCAAAGAUGAUGGCACAUUGGCAACUUUUGUUGGCUUUAGGAUUCAACAUGACAAUGCUAGAGGUCCUAUGAAAGGAGGAAUCAGAUAUCACCCUGAGGUUGACCCUGAUGAAGUGAAUGCAUUGGCGCAACUAAUGACAUGGAAGACAGCAGUUGCAAACAUCCCAUAUGGUGGGGCUAAAGGUGGUAUAGGAUGUAACCCUGGAGAGUUGAGCAAAUCCGAACUAGAACGCCUCACUCGAGUUUUCACCCAGAAAAUACAUGAUCUUAUUGGAAUUCAUACCGAUGUUCCAGCACCUGAUAUGGGUACUGGUCCGCAGACAAUGGCAUGGAUACUAGAUGAGUACUCAAAAUUCCAUGGUCAUUCACCUGCUGUGGUGACUGGAAAACCGAUUGAUCUUGGAGGAUCACUUGGGAGAGAUGCGGCCACUGGCCGAGGGGUGCUGUUUGCAACUGAGGCCCUUCUUAAUGAACAUGGCAAGUCCAUCUCUGGACAAAAAUUUGUAAUUCAGGGUUUUGGGAAUGUUGGUUCUUGGGCUGCACAGCUCAUCCAUGAAAAGGGAGGGAAGGUUGUUGCAUUAAGUGAUAUAACAGGGGCCAUCAAGAACAGCAAUGGCAUUGAUAUUCCCUCAUUGCUCAAACAUGUGAAAGAAAACAAGGGUAUCAAAGGGUUCCAUGGUGGGGAUUCCAUAGACCCGAAAUCAGUUCUUGUCGAAGACUGUGACAUACUCAUCCCGGCAGCACUCGGAGGCGUCAUCAACAGGGAAAAUGCAAAUGAGAUUAAAGCAAAGUUCAUUAUUGAAGCAGCUAACCAUCCAACUGACCCAGAGGCUGAUGAGAUUUUGUCAAAGAAAGGAGUCAUUAUACUUCCAGACAUUUAUGCAAACUCUGGAGGAGUCACUGUUAGUUACUUUGAGUGGGUUCAGAACAUUCAAGGUUUCAUGUGGGAUGAAGAGAAGGUGAACAGUGAGCUAAAGACUUACAUGACCAAAGGGUUUAAAAAUGUUAAGGAGAUGUGCCAAACACACAACUGCGACCUCCGAAUGGGAGCCUUUACCCUCGGAGUUAACCGCGUUGCUCGGGCUACCGUUCUUAGAGGUUGGGAAGCAUAAGAAUGCUUACUGCUAAUGCUGGUUUUGAAAUAAACAUGGAGGAUACUAUGAACCCCCCUGAUUCUUGCCCACUAUUGUGGUAAAACCUCAUUCAUAUUGAGGAGCUUCAAAUGAAGAUUUGUCAUUUGUAUUUGUUGCUUUAUUGUUGAAUUCUAUUUUAGUAGCAAUUUCGAAGGCAACAAAAAAAACUAACACGGAAGGAAUACGAAUAUAUGAAGAUCACGAAACAAUCUAGCAUGAACCCUAUUCAAUAUGGAUAGCAACCAAAUUCAGAUAUUGCACAUUGUGUAAACCAAAAAAAUUCGAAAUAAAUACAUCUCCAAUGAACACAACAGUCACAAAUAAAGCUUGGCAUCAAAUUCUCAAAGUUGUAUCCCUUUGACAUCCGAAAAGGAUAGCGGAUAAGGGCAUUGAUAAUGUUACAAAAUGUUAUUGCUCUAAAACCUACCUCUACCUCUAAAUCCACCGCCACGACCACCACCCCUAGGACCACCUCUGCCACCUCUUGGAGCACCCCUUCCACGAAAUCCACCACCUCCACGACCGCCUCCUCUACCACCACCUCUGCCUCCUCCACGACCACCUCUUCCACCACCUUGUGCCUG